AUGUUAUCUCUCAAAGAAGUCAUUCCUGCCCUUACUAAAGAUUUCACAUAAGGAAUCACUCGAGUUGAUAAGCAUAUCUAUAUUCAACCCAAAAAGGAACAUAAAUACACCUUCAUAUGGAUGCAUGGAUUGGAAGAUGUUCCUGAUAGUUUUUUGGCUGGAUUCAAUAAUCCUGAAUUAAACCCUUUUGACAAUUAGACUACUAAAGUGAUUUUACUUUGUGCCCCUGUGAGGCCACUAACUAAAAAUAAAGGAGAAAUGAUGACAUCAUGGUAUGAUAUUAUGAUUCCAAACUGGAAGUAGUUUUGGGGAAUCAAAUCUGAUAAAGAAUUGUGGGGAGUUGAUUAAGCUAUCGAAUCUAGAAAUUUCAUUUGGAGCUUGAUUGAUUAGGAGCCUAUUCCAAAGAAUAACAUUUUUAUUGGAGGUUUUUCUUAAGGAUGCUGCAUGUCAUUAUUGGCAGGAUUGGGAUACAAAGAAUCCUUAGGCGGAAUACUUGGAAACUCAGGAUAUUUGUUCCCAUUCACUGAAAUCAAAAAUAAGACUCCUAUUCAGAUAUUACAUGGUGUAGAGGACGAAGUAAUCCCAUAUGAAUUUGCUGAAAAAUCUAUUUAACCUUUACUUAAAUUCGAAAACAAUUUGGAAUUCAUUAAACUAAAAGGAAUAGAACAUGCAAUGAUGUUGGAUAAUUUUAAAUUGAUGAAAGAGUUUGUUGCAAGACAUUUAUCAUGAAAAUGACAAUUUAUUUUAAAUUAUGGUAAAUCUUCUAAA